AUGAAUAAACCCGGCACGUUUCCUCGCAGAGAAAUGAUACAAAUGAUGCCUUCAUCGCACGUCAAUAUGGUUAAUUUAAACAUCCCAAUCGCAGAAAACUUCACUUGUGUGAAAACCAAUCAAUUAUUUAAUGGAAUACGAACUACAGUCUGUGUGCACAACUCCACUGAUUUUCUCAGUAGCUUAUUCCUCAAUAAUCAAAUUUACGAAAGCAAUCAUCUCAAUAAACUAUUUCGUAUCAUGUGGCGAUAUCCUGACAUCGCUCUGAUCGAUGUCGGUGCAAACUUUGGUGUUUAUACUAUGUUCGCUGCUGCCAUGAAUCGUUCUGUUAUCGCUAUCGAAUGUUUUUCACCCAAUUACAAUCGAAUCAUCAGAGCUAGUCAAUUGGAAAAUGUUCAGGACAAGAUAAUUCUCAUUGGAAACGCGAUUUAUUCGACGUCAGGAGAAUAUCUCCGACUAUCCAGAUCUCCGGAAAACAUUGGAAGUCAAUCUAUUCAGGGUAAUGCUAACACAAAUCAAUCGACAAACAACUCUUACAUCGUCAAAACCAUCCGAUUCGAUGAUAUCCUUCCAGUAAUAAAACAAACUUCGCAUCGGACGUUUCUACUCAAAGUCGAUAUCGAAGGAUAUGAAUAUUAUCUUUUUGAAAGUGGAAGACAAGUUUUCGACUACAUCGAUAUACCUGUAAUUCAUAUGGAAUGGUAUCAACUAGCUCAUAAGCGAGAGUUUGAGACGUAUGUGGUCGAAUUUUUAACACAACGCGGUUAUAUUCCAACUGAAGACACGUGCAAAGUUUUAAAUACAACGAAUAUAUUGAAGGGAUGGCCAAUCGAUGUCUUUUGGAUCAAAGUCAACCGAUUGACUCUGUGUUCUUAG